GCCGCACCCCGCGCCUGCCCCGCCUCCCUCACCCUCCACCUCGUGGGGAUUCCGCGCGGGACUCGCCGGGAAAUGUCAGUGGGGGAGGGCGAGCGCUGCCUGGCAGCGCUGAGAGGGCUUUGCGGGCGCUGCCCGGCAGAGCCUGGGGGUCGCGCCACGGGUGGAAUCCAGAAAGCCUCCGCCAGGCCUGGGCUUCCCCGCCGCCCCCAGGAUGACGCAGCCAACACCUCCGGGGGCGGCCGCUAAGGGCCGGUGCCCGGCGCCCAGCGCGCACUCCUGCGAGCCGCGCCGCCACGCACCGACCUAUGGCACUGGCCCCGGAGCGGGCGGGACGGGUGCUCCUGCCGGCCGCGCUGUUGUUGCUGGCGCUGAGCCCGGGGCCCGUGGCCGCGCUGCCGUGCGUGGCCGACUGCCCGGCGGGUACGUUCGUGGAGAGCGUGGGCUGCGGGCGGGGCGCGUCCUGCCGGCAGUGCCCGGCCGGCACCUUCUCCAGCGCGGCGGGACGCAGCUCCUGCAAACUCUGUCGGAAGUGCGAAGGAAUAUUCAGGUAUUUAAAAGCGUGUUCCUCAAAAAGUGAUGCUGAAUGCACGUGCAAGGAUGGGUAUCGCUGCAGUGGCGAUGGCUGUACCUACUGCGACCGAAGCUGUGGCAUAGGCCAAGAGAGCACCAACAACGGUUGCCAGACUUGCCAGUAUGGAACUUUUAAUGAUCAGCCCAAUGGUUCCUGUAAAAACUGGACAAAGUGCUCUGCAAACCAGGUCCGGGAGCCUGGAACUGCAGCAAAAGAUGUCAUUUGCAAACAUGCUUCAGUUAAUCCCACUUUAGUCACUACUCUACCUACCACAUCGCUUGCAAUUCCAUUUUCUAUCACUGUGCCAGGGAAGGAUCUCCAGACAGACAUUAUCAGGAUUCUUCUCACUGUAGCUGGGCUGUUGUGCAUAGUGUUCCUGCUACCGUGUAUAUGCUUCAGUGUCUGGCAGAAAAAGAAACUACAUGCUGUCUUCAAAAAAAUGCACACCACACCUGAACAAUCAGUUCAGGAAGAUGACACCUGCAGCUGCCGCUUUCCUGAGGAAGAACAAGGUGAAUAUCAGGACCGUGGCCAAUCCACAGAAUUCAGAGAUCUUUUGGUGAACUAGAAACUGAACUGUCAAAGUCAACCGCAUUUGAAUUUUCUUUUGGAAUACACAACAAGAACCUGUUUAUGUAAAUAGAGAGGUUAACAGAAUCUGUGAGUGUCAGAGUGCCAAAUAGCCCAGCCACUGACAAAAAAGUGCAUCUUUUCCAUCUCUUAAAAAAAUAAAAA